AUGAACACUUGGAGGGUGCUCGGGUUCGACGACCCCGAUUACCGCUUUGUUUGGUUGGACUGGGGCCCGAAGCAGGACCGUCUCCUAUUGGACAGCGUAUCGGUGCUUGGCGGACAAUCCGGGCCCGAAGCAGAAUCAUGCUUCGCCAUUGGUUGGUUGACACUAUGGAUUGCUCAACAAGUGUAA